AUGGCUGUCAUCAGGAAGAAACUGGUGGUUGCUGGUGAUGGAGCUUGUGGUAAGGCCUGCUUGCUCAUAGUCUUCAGCAGAGACCAAUACCCAGAAGUCUAUGUGGCCACAGUAUUUGAAAGCUAUGUGGCAGAUACUGAAGUGGAUGGAAAUCAGAAAACGUCCCAGAAAAAUGGACUCCAGAAGUUAAUCAUUUCUGUCCAAAUAUGCCCAUCGUCCUCGCUGGGGGCAAAAAGGGUCUUCUGA